AGCAGAGGAAGAGGAGGAGGAGGGAGGGAUGGAAAGAAAAGGAGAAAGGUUGUUGUUCUUCCCAUGUCUUUUGUCUAGCGAUAGAUCUAAGACAAUGACUAGUCAAGUGUACCAGUUUGGUUGGUGUCUACAGUGUACUAGAGAACAUCAUUUCUUUCCUCCUCGAUACUUUCACGUCCUCUCAUUACGUCUUGCUUUUAAGUUUUCGUUAUCAAAAGGGAACAAGGAAUUAGCUGAAAAAUUGAAUCGUAAAUGCAAAUUUUGGAGCAAUGGUCUUCAAUGGUUUGAUGGUUAUGGUGUGAAAGUAUUAGUAGAGAUUAUUGAUGAGAGCCAGUGUGUACUAGUAAUGAUGUCCUGUGAGAAAGGUUACAGUGACAACAUGGUGUCUCUAAGAAGGAAUGUGAUAGGAGAGGUAAUGAGUGUUUAUAAAGAAUCCUGCCCUGGUUUAAAAGUUAAAGCAUUAUCAAUUGACCCCGAAGAACUAGCCUAUCCUGUAAAUACACCAAGAGAAAGGACGGUUUAUGAAGUUUUGGAUUUACUAUCAGCAAUUAAGGAAGGAAGACCAUUUCUUGUGAGUGAUAAAGGACAUAAAGAAGUGAAGGAGAUCCUACCUGAUGAAUCAUUAUCAGAUAUUAGUAACCUGUCACUAUUAGGAGGACGUGAUAUAAAGGAAGUGAUUGAAAUACCUGAAGAAUUCAACAUAGUCUCUGCAAAUAAGCUAGAGCCAACAAUUCAAAAGGUCAAAUCAGAUACAAAUUACAUCCCCACACAGAUCAGUGAGUCUGACAAUGAUCAACAAAAAGAUAUUGAUACACAUACUUGUACGAUCAAUGAUAAAGUACAAGAAACACACAUUGCCAAUAGACUGCUUGAUAUUAGAGAUCUUGCUGUAGUCCUUCAAGAAUUGACAUCAAAUCAACAGUUUGAUUAUACUGAUUGGCAUCAGUUGGGUCUCUACUUAGGAUUAUAUGAGCGUACACUAAAAGCAAUCGAAGAAGAUAAUAGAGGGAAAUCAAAGAAAUGUCUUAUGGAGUGUAUAUCUUCCUGGCUAAAAGGAGAGGAUGGAGUAAGAGAAACAAGAGGAGGUGGAUCAAACUGGAUAUCAUUAGUAGCAGCACUAGAUGCAAUGGGAGAGAGGGAGGUUGCUAAUGACAUUAGAAAAAAGUACUUGUAAUGAACUGUUACUAAAACAGAUCUACUUUGAGUGCAUAGUCAAUAUAAUUCAUCAAUUUAUUCAGUUAUUGCAAUGUAAUUUUAGCAAGAGUGAUUAAAUUGGCGACAAAAAUGGACUAGAGUUUUAGUUCAGUUUGCUGUGCAUUUAUGGAGUGAAAGAGUAUAAGAGAAAAGGAUAGUAAAAGAUAAUAACAAAUGUUUUAAUAAAUUUAUUUCAGAGCCAAUGGGCUAUUAAUAAUCACAAUCUCAUUUUUAACUAAUAAAGUCAUUCUCAGUGAAAA